CUCUGUCUCUGUCUCUAACUGGCCAUUUAUCAAUCACUAAAGCUCUUAUUUUCCAUGCUUUCAGGGCUUGCCCCAGAAUUUAAUCUUUUGUCUCAGAAAAUUGAGAUUUGUCUGUUCUGAUUAAUUAGCUCUCAAGCAAUAAUCUUGAUUUAUUCUCGGCCAGAAAAAAGAAAUCAGAGAGACCCAUUGACCCAUCUCACCCUGAAUCGAGCUGCCUUGUAGUAUUAAAGCUCAUCCAUCUUUAGUUCUUAAUUUACUUUCAAUCUAUCUACUCCCUGCAACAUGGAACCCACCAACCCUUCCAUGAAUUCCGGCGACGCACGCAUCGACGUCGAGUUUCCAAGUCGACAUGUAUCAUUUUCCGACCAACCCAACAAACCAGAUACGGCGCCGGCCACUGUUCCAUUGCUCCCACAGCCGGCCUAUGCCCGAUCAAAAUCAUCUAUCUACGAUGAGUUACGGAAUUUUCGAAUAAGCCUCAAGUGGUGUGCUCUCGAUCACUCUUCAUGCACCGGCAAGUUUGUCUCCUACCUUGCUUUCGUUCUGCUCACUGUCAUAAUCCCCAUUGCCAGCUCUCUAUCCGUGCGCUUACCGCCCACUGCAUCCGCCGACGACCCAAUUUCCUUCAACAAGCUGGUGCAAUUCCCGGAGUCCGGCCACGCUGCCAUUGCCUUCUUCACACUAUCCGGCUUCUUCCGGCGAUAUGGUCUCCGGCAACUCCUGUUUCUUGACGCGAUGCAGGAUGAUUCUCCAUUUGUCCGACGUGGGUAUGCACGGGAGCUGGACAAGGCCUUCCGGCACCUGGCCUUCAUCCUCUUGCCUUCGUUCUUCGUCGAGUUCUUCCACAAGAUAAUAUUCUUCUCGACGGUGACCGUGUCAAUCCCAUACAUCAGCGCUUCAGUCCCUUCAAAUUCGAUCAUGUUCAUCGCAGUUUUGGCCUCGUGGGUGUACCGGACGGGCGUGUUCUUGCUGGUCUGCGUGUUGUUCCGACUGACCUGCGAGCUUCAGAUACUUAGAUUUGAAGGGUUUCACAAGCUGCUGGAGGGGUGUGGGUCAGAGUCAGACUCCUGUGUCAUAUUCCGGGAACACAUGAGGAUCAGAAAACAGUUAUCAGUAACCAGCCACAGGUACCGUUCCUUCAUCAUCGGCUGUCUGGUAACAAUCACGGUUAGUCAAUUGGGAGCUCUGAUGCUGGCGUUGGCUUCAAAAUCUGAGAAGAGUUUCUUCAAUUCAGGUGAUGUUGUGGUGUGCUCAGCAGUGCAGCUAAGUGGUUUCUUCUUGUGCCUACUUGGAGCAGCAAGAAUCACUCAUAGAGCACAGGGGAUUGUAAGCAUUGCAACAAGAUGGCACAUAGUGGUGACAUGUGCUUCUUGUAAUGCUGCUGAAUCAGAAGCAUGGAAGAACCUACUGCCAAUUGCCAAUGCAGACCCCAGUGACGACCAUUCAUCACACACUCUUGCCUCAAUCCCCUCCUCCCAAGACACAUCCUCUUUUCAGACCAGGCAGGCUUUAGUGACAUAUUUGCAACACAACAAUGGUGGGAUCACAUUGUUUGGAUUUGCACUUGACCGUGGAUUACUUCAUACACUGUUUGCUUUUGAAUUUUCUCUAGUAUUAUGGAUAUUAAGUAAAGCUGUCGUUCUCUCCUAAGAAAAAUUCUUUUUAUGGAAGAUGGGUGAAAGAUGCUACUCUUUUGACUACACUUAAUUAUAUUGAAGGAUAGUUACUCAACCUUGUUUUGAGUUGGUUAUUAAUUUUUCUACGGGCUUUCACCUUUUUUA